UUCCAGAAGAAGUGGGAAAAAAGGAAGGAAUAAAACGCCACCAAGUCCUAAAAGAGAAAUUCUUCAUUUAUUUUCCUCAGUCGCUUAACGGCGAUUAGGGUUUCUCUCUCUCUCUCUCUCUCCCUCUCUCUCUCUCUCUAUUUCAGCAAAAGGAAAAUCAUAGAUGUUUCUCAUUGAGGUUUGAGAUUGGGUGUUAAAGUCUUUGGUGAAACUUGUGAACUUUUAGAUAGCUGAUUGAAAAACAUAUGGCGUGGUUUAGAGCUGGGUCUAGUUUGGCAAAGCUUGCCAUUAGGAGAACUCUAUCACAAGGUGGUUCAUAUGUACCAAGAACACGAGUUCUUCCUUCUCAAAGUCGUUGUUUUCAUGCCACAAUCUUUAAGUCGAAGGCACAAGCGGCGCCUGUCCCUCGCCCUGUGCCCCUCUCCAGGUUGACAGACAGCUUCUUAGACGGAACAAGCAGUGUGUAUUUGGAAGAGCUUCAAAGGGCUUGGGAAGCUGACCCGAGCAGCGUUGAUGAGUCGUGGGACAAUUUCUUCAGAAAUUUUGUGGGGCAGGCGGCGACGUCCCCUGGGAUUUCGGGCCAAACAAUUCAAGAGAGUAUGCGGUUACUGUUGCUUGUGAGGGCUUACCAGGUUAGUGGCCACAUGAAAGCCAAGUUGGACCCACUAGGCUUGGAAGAGAGGGAAAUCCCAGAUGAUUUGGACCCUGCUCUUUAUGGGUUCACGGAACCCGACCUUGAUAGGGAAUUCUUUUUGGGAGUGUGGAGGAUGUCUGGAUUUUUAUCGGAGAAUCGUCCAGUGCAGACCCUUAGAUCCAUUUUGACCCGCCUUGAGCAAGCAUACUGUGGGAGCAUUGGAUACGAGUAUAUGCACAUUGGUGAUCGUGAGAAGUGCAACUGGUUGAGAGAUAAGAUUGAAACUCCGACUCCAAUGCAAUACAACCGGCAGCGCCGUGAAGUUAUUCUUGAUAGACUUAUAUGGAGUACACAAUUUGAGAAUUUCCUGGCCUCUAAGUGGACAACAGCCAAAAGAUUUGGGCUUGAAGGUGGAGAGACUUUGAUUCCUGGUAUGAAGGAGAUGUUUGAUAGGUCAGCAGAUCUUGGGGUUGAGAGCAUAGUUAUUGGAAUGCCGCAUAGAGGAAGACUUAAUGUAUUGGGUAAUGUCGUUAGAAAGCCUCUGCGUCAGAUAUUCAGUGAAUUCAGUGGCGGUACGAAGCCCGUCGAUGAAGUUGGGCUCUACACAGGAACAGGUGAUGUGAAGUAUCACUUGGGAACUUCAUAUGAUCGACCGACUAGAGGUGGGAAGAGGAUUCAUUUGUCUUUGGUUGCAAAUCCAAGUCACUUGGAAGCUGUGGACCCAGUUGUUGUUGGAAAAACUAGAGCAAAGCAAUAUUAUUCAAGUGAUAUUGACAGAACCAAGAACAUGGGUGUUUUGAUUCAUGGUGAUGGUAGCUUUGCUGGACAAGGUGUCGUCUAUGAAACACUUCAUCUUAGUGCUCUUCCAAACUAUACCACUGGUGGGACUAUUCACAUUGUGGUGAACAACCAAGUUGCCUUUACAACUGAUCCGAGAGCUGGCAGAUCUUCACAAUAUUGUACUGAUGUUGCAAAAGCCCUAGAUGCCCCUAUUUUCCAUGUAAAUGGUGAUGACAUGGAAGCUGUUGUUCAUGUCUGUGAGCUUGCAGCCGAGUGGCGCCAGACUUUCCAUUCUGAUGUUGUUGUUGAUUUAGUCUGUUACCGAAGAUUUGGGCAUAAUGAGAUUGAUGAGCCAUCUUUCACUCAGCCCAAGAUGUACCAGAUUAUUAGGAAUCACCCCUCAGCUCUUCAGAUUUACCAAAAUAAGCUUUUGGAAUCUGGGCAGGUGACCAAAGAAAACAUUGAUAAGAUAAACGAGAAAGUUAAUACAAUCCUCAAUGAAGAGUUCUUAGCUAGCAAAGAUUAUGUUCCUCAAAGAAGGGACUGGCUCUCUUCCCAUUGGGCUGGAUUUAAGUCACCUGAGCAGAUUUCACGUGUCCGUAAUACUGGGGUAAAACCAGAUAUUUUGAAGAAUGUUGGCAAAGCAAUCACAUCACUUCAAGAAAAUUUUAAGCCACAUAGAGUAGUAAAGAAGAUUUAUGAACAGCGUGCACAAAUGAUUGAAACGGGCGAAGGCAUUGAUUGGGCACUUGCGGAAGCACUUGCCUUUGCUACAUUGCUAGUAGAAGGAAACCAUGUUCGACUAAGUGGUCAGGAUGUUGAAAGAGGUACAUUCAGCCACCGACAUUCUGUACUCCACGAUCAAGAAACAGGGGUGAAGUAUUGCCCUCUGGACCAUGUUAUCAUGAAUCAAGAUGAGGAAAUGUUUACUGUUAGCAACAGUUCGCUUUCAGAGUUUGGAGUUCUUGGAUUUGAAUUGGGUUACUCAAUGGAAAGUCCAAACUCAUUGGUAAUCUGGGAAGCACAGUUUGGUGAUUUUGCCAAUGGCGCUCAGGUUAUAUUUGAUCAGUUCUUGAACAGUGGGGAGGCUAAGUGGCUGCGUCAGACUGGGCUUGUUGUGCUGCUUCCACAUGGUUAUGAUGGACAGGGCCCUGAACAUUCUAGUGCAAGAUUGGAACGUUUUCUUCAGAUGAGUGAUGACCACCCUUUUGUUAUUCCUGAGAUGGAACCGACUCUUCGCAAGCAGAUUCAGGAAUGCAAUUGGCAGGUUGUCAAUGUUACUACUCCUGCAAAUUACUUCCAUGUUAUGCGGCGUCAGAUACACAGGGAAUUUAGGAAGCCUCUUAUUGUGAUGGCUCCUAAAAACCUGCUUCGGCACAAGGACUGCAAAUCAAAUCUAUCUGAAUUUGAUGAUGUCCAGGGUCACCCAGGUUUUGACAAACAGGGAACCAGAUUUAAGCGCCUAAUAAAGGAUCAGAAUGAUCAUUCUGACCUUGAGGAGGGCAUUAGACGACUAGUUCUUUGCUCUGGGAAGGUUUAUUAUGAGCUUGAUGAAAAGCGCAAAAACAAAAAAGCGAAGGAUGUUGCAAUAUGUAGGGUGGAGCAGCUUUGCCCCUUCCCAUAUGACCUUAUUCAGAGAGAACUGAAGCGAUAUCCGAAUGCUGAGAUCGUCUGGUGUCAAGAAGAGCCAAUGAACAUGGGUGCGUACAGUUAUAUUGCACCACGCCUCUACACUGCCAUGAAGGCUCUGCAAAGAGGAAACUUUGAUGACAUAAAGUACGUCGGCCGGCCUCCAUCAGCUGCCACGGCCACUGGUUUCUAUACUGUUCAUCAAAAGGAACAAGCGGAGCUUGUGGAGAAAACGAUACAGCCUGAGCCAAUUCAGUUUCCCUGAGAAACCCCUUUAAAGAUGAGAUAAAUUUGCAAUAGGGAACGUCAACAUUUUUUGAGAAUUUUAAGUUUCUUCUCAAAGCCCCUCUAAAUCUCGAUUUAGAUGGUUGUUUCUUUUCCAUAUUCCCGUACAAUUAAGUCAAUAUGGUGUUACGUGCAAAGUUGAAUAGCAUCUCGGAAUAUAUAGACUUGGAUAUGUUUUACUUCACCUUUUUCUCUUGCUGCGCAAGAGUUUCAGAAUGUAAUAAAUAUAUGCUGCCUUUAUCCUUGUAAAAACAAGAUUGAGGAUAACUCUUUGUUAUAAUUUCAUUGCAACUGCGUUGUUAUUUGUCA